AUGCGGGCAGAUACAGAGGAAUCCUCCUCCACAAGUACUGGGCACCAACUGUGUGAGAUGAUGUACCACUCCAGUCCAGCAGGAGUCGGUAUGAAGCUCUUUAGUCCGCCGGUAAACUCACUAAACAAAGAAAGAAGAACUCACAGUUUGUUUAGAUGUUCAGCUGCUGCGUCUUUCAUACAUUUAUGUCACUUAUCUGUUUCUAUUCUUGAUGAUUUCCUCUCUUUCAUGACAGCAAACCAAACGUUUUCUCUUUGUUUUGACAAGAGCUUUAAAUAUCCUGUUUCAGGAGUCUUAUUGAGUUUUUGUGUUGAGAUGUUGAAGAUGAGUUUGCAGGUGGAUUUGAUGUGCUGUAAAUCAGUAGGAACUGAUCUGUCCAUGCUGGAUAUUGAUGAUUUGAUGACAGAAAUCUCUCAGCUGAAGAAAGAGGUGGCGUUACUGGAGGCAAAGCUGAGGGAAAGAGGAGAUCCACUGAACGGAGAGGAGCUGGAGAAGGUUUCCUGUCAAUCUUCAGUGUGUGUGACUGAUGGGACCUCCACAGAAUGUCAGGAUUCAGUGUGGAGCGUCAGAGAUCAGAGAUCUGAACAGAGAUCCAGAGACACACAGGACUCAGAGCUCAGCCUCACUUUACUCUGUUAUACUGACACUCAGGAGAGUGUGUGUGACAGUAAUCAGGGUGAUCAAACCUCCACAGAGUCUCUGGCUUCUGUCUGUAACGCUGGAGAACAGCAGAUGCUGCAGAUACCAUUGAAGAUGUGUUCAGUGAAGCUGCUGGACUGCAGGAACCUGAUGGAGAUGAGAGGAGAAACCACAGCAGAGGAACAACAUGAUGAUCACGAUGAAGAUGAUGAUGAUGAUGAGGAGGAUUUCAUUCCUUCAGAUGCAAACAUUGGUUCAUGUUCAGAUGGAGAAACGACUUCUACAUCAAAAGAGUGUCUGUCAGCACAGAGUCUUUCCUGCAUCACCUGUGAGAAGACAUUCAGCUCAAAGGGACAUUUAGCGAGACAUGAGAGAAAACACACAGAACAGAAAAUCUACAAAUGUAAGACAUGUGGGAGCAGCUUUUCUACCAUAAAAGAAAGGAAACGUCACUCAGAAAUGCACAGACCAAAGAAGGAGUACCACUGUGAGCAGUGCGGGAAGGUUUUCUCAGCUGGUUAUAUACGAAAUGCUCACAGGAAGACACACAGUGAUGAAAAGCCUUUUCAAUGCAGCGAGUGUGACAAGUGUUUCAGAAUUAAAGGAAAUCUUGUUAUUCAUGAGAGGACACACACGGGGGAGAAACCGUACAAGUGUCCUCACUGUGAGAAGAGAUUCAACCACAAGCCCCAUCUGACAAAGCAUGUCCGUGUGCACACCAAUGAGAGACCGUAUCAGUGCAGUGAAUGUGGGAAAACAUUUACACGACUAGAUCAUCUAAAGUCACAUCAGAAAAUACACUCUGAGGAGAAACACUAUCAAUGCUCGCACUGUGAUAAAAGUUUCCAUCAUAAAUCUCAGCUAAUAAUCCAUGAGAGAAUGCACACUGGAGAGAAACCUUACCUCUGCUCUCACUGUGGAAUGAGGUUUUAUACUUCAGGUAAGUUGAGCAUUCAUCAGAGAGUGCACACGGGAGAAAAGCCUUAUAACUGUAGCGAUUGUGGAAAGAGUUUUAAUCAACAAGGUAACUUACUGAUGCACCAGAGAACACAUACUGGAGAAAGACCUUACAAAUGCACAUGUUGUGUCUCCAGUCCAGCAGGAGUCGGUAUGAAGCUCUUUAGUCCGCCGGUAAACUCACUAAACAAAGAAAGAAGAACUCACAGUUUGUUUAGAUGUUCAGCUGCUGCGUCUUUCAUACAUUUAUGUCACUUAUCUGUUUCUAUUCUUGAUGAUUUCCUCUCUUUCAUGACAGCAAACCAAAGGUUUUCUCUUUGUUUUGACAAGAGCUUUAAAUAUCCUGUUUCAGGAGUCUUAUUGAGUUUUUGUGUUGAGAUGUUGAAGAUGAGUUUGCAGGUGGAUUUGAUGUGCUGUAAAUCAGUAGGAACUGAUCUGUCCAUGCUGGAUAUUGAUGAUUUGAUGACAGAAAUCUCUCAGCUGAAGAAAGAGGUGGCGUUACUGGAGGCAAAGCUGAGGGAAAGAGGAGAUCCACUGAACGGAGAGGAGCUGGAGAAGGUUUCCUGUCAAUCUUCAGUGUGUGUGACUGAUGGGACCUCCACAGAAUGUCAGGAUUCAGUGUGGAGCGUCAGAGAUCAGAGAUCUGAACAGAGAUCCAGAGACACACAGGACUCAGCGCUCAGUUUCACUUUACUCUGUUAUACUGACACUCAGGAGAGUGUGUGUGACAGUAAUCAGGGUGAUCAAACCUCCACAGAGUCUCUGGCUUCUGUCUGUAACGCUGGAGAGCAGCAGAUGCUGCAGAUACCAUUGAAGAUGUGUUCAGUGAAGCUGCUGGACUGCAGGAACCUGAUGGAGAUGAGAGGAGAAACCACAGCAGAGGAACAACAUGAUGAUCACGAUGAAGAUGAUGAUGAUGUUAUUCAACAUGACAGUCAUGAUGAUGAGGAUUUCAUUCCUUCAGAUGCAAACAGUGGUUCAUGUUCAGAUGGAGAAAUGGCUUCUACAUCAAAAGAGUGUCUGAAAGCACAGAGUCUUUCAUGCAUCACCUGUGAGAAGAAAUUCAGCUCAAAGGGACGCUUAACAAGACAUGAGAGAAAACACACACAGCAGAAAUUCUUCAAAUGCAGGACAUGUGGAAGCAGCUUUUCUACCUUCAAAGAGAAGAACCUUCAUGUAAAAAUGCACAGAGGAAAGAAGCAGUUACACUGUGAGCAGUGUGGGAAGGUUUUCUUUACCCUUUCUAAUAUGAAUGCUCACAUGAAGACACACAGUGCUGAAAAGCCUUUUCAAUGCAGCGAGUGUGACAAGUGUUUCAGAACGAAAGGAAAUCUUAUUGCUCAUGAGAGAAUACACACUGGAGAAAAACCGUACAAGUGUCCUCACUGUGAGAAGAGAUUCAACCACAAGCCCCAUCUGAAAAAACAUAUCCGUGUGCACACCAAAGAGAGGCCGUAUCAGUGCAGUGAAUGUGGGAAAACCUUUGCAGAGUCAGGUACUCUUAAGUCACACCAAAAAAUACACUCUGAUCAGAAACUCUAUCAAUGCUCACACUGUGAUAAACGUUUCCAUGAGAAAGCUAAUCUGAUAGUCCAUGAGAGAAUGCACUCUGGAGAGAAACCUUACCUCUGCUCUCACUGUGGAAAGAGCUUUUAUGCUCAGGGUCAUUUGAGCAUUCAUCAGAGAGUACACACAGGAGAAAAGCCUUAUCAUUGCACCGUUUGUGGGAUGAAUUUCUGCCAACACUAUAACUUUGUAAAGCACCAGAGGACACAUACUGGAGAAAGACCAUACAAAUGCACUCAGUGUGACAAAACGUUUGCUCGACCAGAUGUCCUAAAAACCCAUCAGAGAGUGCAUACAGGAGAGAAACCUUACAGCUGCUCUAUCUGCGGGGAGAGAUUCGCUUAUUUAGGAAGUUUUAAUACUCAUCAAAAGAAACAUGCUAAAGAACAAACUGUCCUGGAAUCAUCAUAGUGUCAUUUUUGUAUAAAAUUGAAAUAAAAUUUAUUUCAAAAAAGUCUGUUGCAGAUGGAUGGUUUUGAACAACACCUUUUUAUAUGAACAGUAAAUGUAACAGUAAGUAGACCAUUUGGAUGUCAUUUGAUACAUUCAAGAAAAUGCAAGCAUCAAACUACCAUUCGUAUAAUGUGAAUUAAACCAUGUAUUAUGCAGCAGUUCCUAAUAAAGCUACUGGGCAAAUGGAUUGUAACUGGAAUUUUUUUCUGUCUUUCUAAACCACCCUAAAUCAACACCUUUGCUAGGUGGUAAAGGGCUACCAAUAGCUUUCACAGCUCAAACAGCAAAUUGAACAGCUGCAGUUUCAGCUGGAGCAACAAUAUCCCUAAUCUCAGUCCCCUCCACCUGUCAUCCAUCCAAGACAGUACCAAUGUACCAACAAGUCUAUUCCUGCACAGCACAGCCAGCCACAUACACGGUCUGAAAAAAAGAAGAUCCAGGCCUGUACCAGCUCCAUGCUUCAGGUAUUAUGGGGAGCCUCAGCAUGAGGACAACCUUCCAUAGGCCAGCAGCCAUAUCACCCUGUAGCUCUAGACUGGGAUAGAUCUUAUUAAUCAAUUUUCUAUUUUUCUUUUUACUAUAAGGUGCAAGUAACGUGUGUAAUCCGAGGGUCUGAUUUAUAAUGCAAUUUGCAGUGACCAUUCAUUUGGCCUGGCUCCAAGAGAAUAUUCAUUUAUAUUGUACUGCAUUUAUUUCUGUUAUAUUUAUUACAUCAUUAAUCAACUAUUCUAUAACCAUUUGAUUCUGUUUUAAUUCAGUCCAUUUUAAUUCAAUCAUUAUUAAUUGUAUGAGAGAUUUUAGCUUCUUCAUGUGAUUUUCAUGUACUGACCUUGUCUUGACUGUUUCUGUAUGUGUGUGUGUGUGUGUGCUUGAAGAUUAGCAGGCACAUCUCACAAGUUUUGUGUGUCCUUGGUCAUGCCCUAGUUAGGGAAGUAGAAGACACAGCUGUUGUUUUGCAGAUCAGUUCUCUUCUCAUCUUCAUUUUUGUAUGAAGAUUUGGGGCCUGCUUGAACUUUAAUAAAAGCAACUCUUUUUAAGCCCUUCA